AUGAACACGGUGACAUCCAUGUACGGUACUAUUCUAAAUGCACUGGGAGGCUCGGGGGGUUGGACUAUGACCUUGAAUUGCAACGACAAAUACUACAAGAACAUAGGGGGUGGUGUUGAUGCUAAAGGCAACGCUAUUACAAAGUACGAGGAUACUCGGGAAGAUGGCAUCAAAGGCGAGACGGCGGAAAUGCCUGCAGAAUUUGGCAUGUGCCAUGAGAGACCAGAGCUCAACGGCUGGUCAUUUCUCAACCAGUUAACGAACAAGCAAGAAAUGGCCAUCUGCGCUACGGCGCUUGAUCGAUAUCUUACCAGAAAUAAACUCUCUGACAUUGAGAAUACCGAAGCAGCGCUGAAAGGCAGAUCGCUUACGGCUCUAAAGCUUCGGGCUGCUGCCACAACCAUCCUGCAUGAGAUGACACAUUUCCACAGCUUAUUUGGGGCGGAAAAAACAGGAGACCUUACGUUCACCAUGCCAAUAAACGGUGUUCCCAAGACUUUCCGUGCUGUGAAUGGAAAUGCCAGAGGACUGGCUGCUGCAAACCCUGACCUCGCUCCCAAGAAUGCAGAUACUCUGGCAAUGUUUGCUCUAGGUUUGUAG